AUGAAGACUAUAGGAUCACUGCUAGCGAUAUUCUGCAUAUGCUCAGCAUCCUCCUUGCCUGUGGUGGACCUGGGAUACGAGUUACAUCGUGCGAUCUCAUUCAAUAACACCCAGGGACUGUAUAACUUCAGCAACAUUCGCUACGCUGCGCCACCAGUGGGCGAUCUUCGAUUCCGCGCCCCGGUUUGGCCAGAGGAAAAUCGAACUCACAUUCAAGAUGGCUCGAGAGGCCGUGUGUGCCCCCAGGCAACCCCGCUGUGGGAACAAUACAUCGAGCUGCCGUUUGUAGAAAGUGUGCUGAAUGGAUCUAAAUUCAAUCAGUCGACCAACAUCUCCUCAUAUCCCUAUAUACCCGGAAAACAGGAUCCACGGACUACGGAGGAUUGCUUGUUCCUGGAUGUCGUGGUCCCGCGGAAGAUAUUCCAUCGGGGCCAGAAUAACACCUUGAACAAAGGGCUCGCCCCCGUGCUCGUCUGGAUAUACGGUGGGGGCACUGUAGUAGGAGAUGGCAUUGUCUUUGUGGCAAUCAAUUAUCGGCUGGGCGCGUUUGGCUGGCUUGGGGGUGACAGCAUCACCACAAACGGAACGGCCAAUGCGGCACUUCAUGAUCAGCGUUUCGCCUUGGAUUGGGUGUAUAAAAACAUCCAUCUCUUUGGCGGCGACCCGAAAAGAGUGACGGUGAUGGGCGAAUCAGCCGGAGGAGGCUCCAUCAUGCAUCAGGUCACGGCCUAUGGAGGCAACAAGGGACCCUCGCCAUUCCAGCAAGCGAUUAUCCAAAGUCCAGGCUGGGUCCCUGUGGUCUCCGAGGCUCAGCAAGAAAAGACCCUCCAGCAAUUCCUCGGAAUUCUGAAUGUCAGCACUAUUGAGGAAGCCCGGCAGCUGUCCUCGGCGAAGUUGAUUGCUGCCAAUGCAUACCAGGUUGCUACCAAGGCGCAAUUUGGAGAUUUCGUCUAUGGCCCAGUCGUGGAUGGGACUUUUGUCCCAGCGCUCCCCGGGCAGCUACUCCUACAAGGGAACUUCGAUCGCAACCUCAAGAUCAUGGUUGGGCAUAAUGCAGACGAGGGCCUCCUGUUCACCUCGCCGGACAGUCGAAAGAAAAGUGGCCUCGUCACAAUCUUGAAAAAUGAAUACCCGUCGAUGAAGCCAAAUGUCACAGACUAUAUCACCAACGUCCUCUACCCGGCGGUUUACAACGGGACCUACGGCUACAAGAACCCGGUUGAGCGAACCGCCUUCGUGAUCUCCGAGGCCAUCUUCGAGUUGUGCCCCCCUGCGAUUCAUGGGCAAGAUGUGAUUUACACUUUCUACAGCAGCAACGGGGAGCCGAGCGGCCUUAGCCAGGCAGGUCUGGAGGUCACCAAUGUGACGAUCGCCCAUGCUAUGCAAGACUACUUCACCAGCUUUGUACAAUCCGGCACCCCCAGCUCGCCCGUGGGACCGGUAUUUUCCCCGACAUGA